AUGUCUGCCAAUUACCAGUUGAAAUCUACCUUCGUGACUCGCCUACCCCGCGAGGUACGGGAUGCCAUCUAUCUAGAGCUCUGGCGUUCCAAUGGCCUUCGACAGCAUAUUGUCUCUCAUCGCAAUCAUAAAAAUGCCGAUCCGGAACACCCUGAGUGGCAUUUCUGCCGCUGGAGAUGCGUGACCGACUUCGAGGUCGAGGACCGACUACAGCAGGAGAUCGAAUUAUUAGAAGCCGACCAGAUCAUUGACGAUGUAGGCUUGACCUACAACGUACCCUACCAGAAGCGGCUUGCGUCGCCUUGGCAUAACCACUGGGCAUGCGGAGAGGAAAUAGAAAAGGUCCACGGCGAAGAAUUUGUCAUGACCUCGAACACUUCGAGGUCUAAGUGUUGGAAGUCACCAGUUGAGGUUCCUCAACCGAAACCUCAUGGGAAAUUGAAGCGAUUUCUGGGCAAAGUCAAACAUAAGAUAAGCCAAUAUCGUAGUCCUGGUGGUGAGAGCGCUCCAUCUGGUGAAGAAUUAAGCCCUUAUAUUCCAAUGCUCCUAUCAUGCAAACUGCUGUCGUCGGAGUGCCUCAAAUCUCUCUACGAGUCUACGACAUUCGUGUUCACUGAUGUCCUUGCUCUAGAGAGAUUUGUCGGGGUGUGCCAACCAAACGCGACUGGAGAGCCACGCACAGAUAAUAUAAAUAAGCCAGCCGGCUUUCUCAAGUAUGCUCGAAAGCUCGAGUUGACGCUCACCCCACUAUUCCAUCUCGAUGUCUCGUGA